UUGAAGAAAAUGGCAACGAACAUUCUACCAGCGAAAUUCGAGGGAGACGAUAUCGUAGCAUGGCUAAGAGAGUUCGAUGCGUGUGCUUUAGCAAAUGGUUGGAAAGACGAAGACAAGAUCAAAAAACUUCCCGCGUUUCUACGAGGACGAGCAGCCACUCAUUUCUAUACGAUUCCCGACGAGGAGAGAUCAACUUACGCCGCCGCGACAAAAAAGUUAAAAGAAGCCCUUUGUCCACCAGUUGAAAGGGAAAAUAACUAUGUAAAAUUUGAAGCUCGGAUGCUCCGUGUCGGCGAAGACCCAUCUAUUUACAAGUGGGAAUUGGAGCAACUCUUAGAAAAGGCUGACCCGACACUAGGAGACGAAGCGAAAUCUGCCUUAUUGUCGCGCCAAUUCAUGCGUGGUCUGCCAAACACAAUACGAGAAAAACUGUUAGCGCACAACCCAACACCAACCUUAACCGAAAUGCUAAGCUUUGUACAGCGCUAUAGAGCAAUUGAAGAACAUAAACCCGGUUCUACCAGCGCGAGCACAGCAGCAGAAAACACGAACGCCAACAUCGACCGACUGGUAGGUUUAGUAACCGAACUCGCUACUCGACAGAAGACGCUCGAGGAUCAACUGGCCACGUCUCAACAGAUGUACACCGCAGCAAUUAAACAACAGGAUCGUAACCGACCCAGGGUCACUUGCUUUCGUUGUGGAAAACAAGGCCACCUGGCCCGCGAUUGCCGCAGCCCUAGCCAACGCCAAGACCGCUCCAACGUUCGAUGCUACGAAUGCCACAGAUACGGGCACUUCGCACGAGAAUGUGGAAAUUAUGCGCCUUUAAACUACCAAGGGGCGUCUCGAGGACACACAGGCCAGUAGACAGCCCCGACACAAGUAAGAACUGUGAUUUUUAUAAUAAUGUUAGCGUUAGUAGUGGUACUAACCACACUGAUAUUAAUUUACCUGAACACCCGUUUGUUGCUUGUUUCAUUGACGGUGUACCUGUCAAUGCUCUAUUAGAUACUGGAUCAAUGAAGUCCUUCAUAAGCGAUAAAGUCCUGCAUGUAAUAGACUUUGACUGUGUUCGAUUAGACACGUCGCAAUCACAGCGUUGUACGUCGAUUACUGGGGGGGAGUUAAAUAUUGUAGGAAGCAUAUCUACAAAUGUAACCAUGCACCGGUCUAAACAUAAGUACCAUAGUUCGUUUCUUGUCAGUAGCAAUAUACCUUACGACUGUGUUCUGGGAUGGGACUUUAUUAUGCGGCAUACAUUAAGUGUUCAAGGGAGUGUUUUGGGAGGGCGAAGCAGUUAUCAGCUAGUGGGGACUUAUGGGAAAUGCCCAAUACAGUCGGAGCAUCCAGCAAAUAAGGUACAAUCGAAUGGAGUUGUGAUAACAGAGAAGGACUCGCCAGUCGUUCCUCCCAACAACUCCAGCAGAGACAGUGCAGUGCUGACGCAAUCACUGUCCAGAGGUAUCAAUAAAGUGACAUUGUCUGAGGGAGUGGCAAUUCCGGCUCGGUCGGAAAUAAUAAUUGAAGGUAAGAUACAGGCGAAAGAUGUUUCACAGGUUGGCAUGAUAUCAGCUAGUCAGUCAGAUAGCGUAAAACAUUUAAAAGGACUACAUGUAGCUCAUUUAGUUGUCACCCCUAUAGGUAAAACAGUUCCAAUUAGAAUAGCGAAUACCACAGAAGGCGAAAUCGAACUACAAAAAGGGUGCAAAUUGGCUGAAUUUUGUCCACUAAUUGAACCGAAUACCGUCGACACUAACAAAUUUCCGGUUAAUUGUAAUGCCGUCAAAACAACUCCGUUCACGCAACAAAUAGAUUCUAUGUUAGAUCCAGAUUUAAGUCAGCCCGAAAAACAACAAGUGAAACAAGUAUUGCAUGAGUUUCAAGAACUUUUUAGCGACAACAUUAGCCUAACCAACAUUGUGCAUCAUACAAUUGACACGGGUGAUAAUCCACCCAUUAGGCAACGCGCCAGGCGAAUGCCAUAUGCAUAUCGCGAAGAGGCCGAAAAACAAAUCACAGACAUGUUAGAUCAAGGCAUAAUCCGUCCCAGCACUAGCCCUUGGGCCAGCCCAAUCGUCCUAGUUCGCAAAAAGUCAGGUGAACUUCGCUUUUGUAUUGAUUACCGCAAACUCAAUCAAAUCACACGCCAUGACGCUCAUCCCUUGCCUCGGGUGGAUGACCUCUUGGACUCGGUUGGACAUGCAAAAUACUUUACAACUCUAGACUUAAAAAGCGGCUACCACCAAAUUCCCGUCCACCCAGAUGACCGCGCAAAAACAGCUUUUGUUACACAUGCUGGCUUGUAUGAGUUUAACCGGAUGCCCUUUGGGUUAGCUACUGCGCCUGCGACAUUUCAACGAGCCAUGGAACUCGUUUUAGCUGGUCUGACAUUCAGCAUUUGCCUUUGUUACUUAGACGACGUCAUCAUUUUUAGUAACAGUAUCGCUGAACAUUGUGAUAGGUUAAGAGCGGUCCUUGCUCGUUUUCAGCAACAUAAUCUGCGUUUAAAUUUGUCAAAAUGUACUUUUGCAGCGCGAAAGGUUGACUAUUUGGGACAUGUGAUAUCCGAAGCGGGCAUUAGUCCUCUUCCAUCAAAAGUGGCAGCAAUAAAACAAAUUCCUGCACCUAAGACCGUAAAAGAAGUCCGAAGUUUUUUAGGUUUAUCUGGAUAUUACCGGCGUUUUAUCAAGAGUUAUGCAUCUAUUUCGGCCCCUCUCACUAAAUUGACUACAAAAACCGAGGCUAAGCAAUUUGACUGGACUCCAGAGUGUCAGCAGGCGUUUCACACCUUGAAAACAUGCCUCUGUAAUUCGCCAGUUUUAGUCCAUCCUAACUUUGACAAAGAAUUCCUGCUACAGACGGACGCUUCAGAUAUAGGAUUAGGUGCCGUACUCUCACAGCUUGACGACAAUGGGUUAGAACGACCCAUAGCAUACGCAUCUAAAAUUUUAUCGGUUCGCGAACGUAAAUAUUGCACAACAGAAAAGGAAGCAUUUGCGGUUGUAUUUGGUACUCGCACUUUUCGCACAUACUUGCUCGGUCGCCCAUUUAAAGUGAUAACGGACCAUAGCGCUCUACAAUG